UCCGGUCCAUCGCGCCGGCGCGCUCGAGCUCCGGCGCGCGCCCCACCAGUCCCGGCCGACGGACCCGCCGGUUCGCCUCCUUAGGGCGCCCCGCUUCCGUAAGGAUGUCGCAUUCCCCCGACGACGAUGCGCGCAGGGCGGCCGAGGUCGAGGCCAUGGUCGCCGAGUUUUCCUCCCCGUCCGUCCCGGAGAUCACCGCGAAGGCUCUGAUGGCGCAGAUGCGCGACGCGGGGACCGGAAACCCUAAACCCUACGUCCUCGUCGACGUUCGAACCGCGGACGAGCGCGUCGUGUCUGCCAUCCCCGGAUCCAUCUCCUCUCUCGAGUACGAGUCCGAUUUCGACGCCAAGUACCGUCACGAACGCGUCGUGGCGUACUGCACCAUCGGAUACAGGAGCGGUAAGUACGUGGAGAAGCUCAUUCGGGAAAGAGGGGUGGACGCGUACAACCUGCGCGGGUCCGUGUUGGCGUGGACCCACGCGGCUGGCGAGCUGGCGGAGGACGGAGGCUCGGGCGCGCCGACGAAACGGGUGCACACGUUCGGUAAGAAGUGGGCGCUGGCCGCUGGCGGGUACGAGUCGGUGUGGUUCAACGUGCCGGUGGUGUCUUACGUGAAGAACCUCCUGUUCAGGCGGCGAUGAAGCGCGCGCUCCGGGUGCUCGUAGGUAUCGUCGGCUUCGCUAGCUAUAGUGGGGUUGCUAAGUUUUUGACU